CCAUUGCAAAGGUAUGUGUUGUUUUUUCAAUUCCUUCAAAAAGUGUAAAUUGAACGCCCUACAUGCCAAUUAUCUCAUUAAAUUGGCUUAUUUACCAAAAUAAUAGCUAAACAAAAAACAAAUUCCAGAUAUAGCCACCUCUUGAAACUAUUUUCAAAACUAGUCACCUAGUGUGUUCUUGGGCGAUCACUCUAGUUUCUACGCUACUUUGAGCAAAUCAAUUCCAUAUCAAUCAUGUAUCUUUUCUUUUUCACAAAAAGGUACUCAAACUUGAUAAAAUAACUCUUCUUUAGUUUAAGACUCUGAUACCAACUGAUAUGAAGUAAUGUUUGGAUAUGAUAAACAAAUGUUGUGUGAACCACAAGGUAUCUCUACCAUACGAAGUAUAAUACCUAAAGAGCUACCAUGACAAAAGAUUUUGACCAAGCUAGCUGAUAAUAAUUUUACUGAAGACCCACUAAAGUUAUGGAGUUUAAAUGGCAUCACAGCCAAACUCGAAUUAAAAGAUCCGAACACAGUUAUCAGAGCUAGAAAUAUAACAUAUACAACUCAAAUGAUUGAGGAAUUUGACAAACAAAUUCCUGAGUUACUAGAAAAAGGAUUGAUUCGUAAAAGUUUUAGUCCUCACUCUAGUCUCAUGGUAAUCAAUCAUGCAGAGCAGAUACGAGGCAAAGCUCGUAUGGUCAUAGACUAUCGUCAACUAAAUAAAUUUACCAGAUGGAUCCUGCUGCAAAGAACCCACUUUGCUGGACAUGCAAGAAGACCGGACACACUCGGAAGAGUUGUCCUAACUGGACUACCAAAGCAAGAGAAAACAAGAAGCCACAGAAGCUCUGGCCUACAAAAGGCGAAAGAAAACAAAUUUCCUGGUCCCCAUGGGGACGAAACGAACAAAAAGGUUGGAGCAUCAACACAAUAAUGAUAUUCAUGAAGAAGUUUACAAGCAAAAUAAGUCCAUACAACAACUGUUCAAGGAGAUAUAUGAAGCAGGACAUAAAGCCGUGAGACUCCUCAGUAAAAAAAUGGGGGAAGUUCGAUCAUUAUAUCCUUUAUCAAGGAUCUAAAGGUGUCACAGAUACCUCCUAAAAAUUCAAGUAUUUUUCACAAGGAAAAAAGAGCAAUAAAUAUAGAAAGAAAAAAAAAUCAAGGCUGUUUUUGGCUUGUUUCACUUCCAACCGUUAAUACCAAAUACCUCCUAAAUAAUCUUUUUCCCUUUCCUCCAUCUUUCACAAAGGGCACAAACCAACAAUGGCUGAAGCAAUUAGAUUCCCCCGCCCCUUUUCCCUCCCUUUCCCAAAUUCUGUCAUUUCCAUCAUCGCCGCCGCGCUUGACCGCCGAUCACCAAUCACCGGGUGCCAUCGUCGGAUCCAGAACUUAGUAGAGCGCUGGACCGCGCGCAUUUUAUUGGAAAAAUGGCAAGGGCGGUAGUAAUAAUCCUCUACGCCCUCCUAAUCACCGGCGCCGUCGCUCUCCUCUUCUCUUCCAUCCCUCCGCGGCAGCCGGCAGCAGCAGGUGUCCACCGCCGGCUCGGGUACAACAAGCUGCCGUCGUCCCCAAACUUCGACCCGCCGCUCUUGGAGAAGACACACCGGCCGGACGAUGCAGUCACGUACUUCGGGGAGGAAGGGAGGUUCAACAUAACGAAGAGGCUGGUGGCGCUGUUCCCGGCGGUGGACAAGUCGCCGGCGGAUGGGAGGAUCGGCUUCUCGGAGAUGGCGGAUUGGAACGUGGCACGCGGCAGCGAUCGGUUGGCGUACAGGACGCAGAAGGAAUUGCUGUCCCGUGAUCGGGACGGCGACGGCGCCGUUAGCUUCAAGGAGUUCUUCCCCCAGUUUUCCAGCGUGGAUUUGGCAAAUAAUGAGAUGGGUCAUGGUCAAGCCGGAUGGUGGAUGGAGUUGUUCAAAAUAGCGGAUGUGAACGAGAAUGGAAUUCUUGACUUCCACGAAUUCAACAACUUCUUGCAUCCAGAAGAUAGCCAUAACACAAGAAUCAAGAUAUGGUUGCUCAAGGAAAAAAUUAAGAGGAUGGAUGAUGAUGGUGAUGAAAGGCUCGAUUUCAACGAGUUUGUGACAUACGCUUACAGCGCUUACAAGACUUACGUGGAGUUUGAGAAGAUCAGGGUUCCUACUGCAGAAGAAAAGUUUGCAGAUCUCGAUGUCGACCAUGAUAACUUCUUGACUGUGGAGGAAUUGCUGCCAAUACUUCCAUACCUGAAGCCUGGAGAGCUGACUUAUGCCAAAUCCUACGCCCAUUAUUUGAUCGAUGCGGCUGAUGAUGAUGGAGAUGAUCAUUUGACAUUGCAAGAAAUGCUUAACCAUGAAACUAUAUUUUACACCGCCAUUUAUGAUAGUGUUUAUGAGAGUGAUUAUCAUGAUGAACUCUAAAAUUAAUUCCAGUCUGUUCAAUCUCUCUCUAUUUCUUCCUUUGUAUAAAACUUUUACUUUGUAACAUAGUUUUGGGUUAGAGGGUACAUAUUGCUACUUUCACAAAUUCACUCAUUUUUUUUUUUCUUGUUAUACAAUCGAAAAUAUACAUCCAAAAUCAAAUGAAUCUAAUGAUCAAGA